AGCGGCCAGUUUGCGGCACGCCGACUCCCCGGAGUUUAAAGCAGGUAAAGUUGACUCGGCCUCUUUGCUCGCGGAGCUCUGUUCCUCCCCAAGCGGCCUCGCUGCCCCGCAGCCGGAGAGCGAAGCGCCGGUCCGACCAGCCUGAAAACAUCAGCAGCAACAUCUGGCCGCACUGCGACCCUCCAUGAGGAGCAGCACCGCAGGAUGGAGAACCUGUCCGAGGGAGAGAGAGCGGCUCCAAGCCGACUGAACCGCUGGGUGGAUCAGUCCUUCGCCGACUUGCCGGGGGAAAGCUUCGCUCCGCCCAGACAGAAAAAGGGCUGUCGGGCUUUGCCGUCCAAGGCUGAGUCCAAGAAGCCCAGGAAGAGGACAGGCGAGUCCCGCAGCUCGGACGCUCCCGCGUCCCAACUUCUGAAAGAGUCGGCCCCUGGGGAGCAAGAUGAGCCGUGGGUGGACAGAUACACGCCGCGUUCACAGGUCGAGCUCGCUGUCCACAAGAAGAAGAUCGAGGAAGUGGAGAACUGGUUGAGAGUGCACCUCAACGCACACAAGGGAGGCGUCCUGCUGCUGACGGGACCGUCGGGCUGCGGCAAGACCGCCACGGUCCGCGUUCUGUCUCUGGAGCUGGGCCUCCGGGUUCAGGAGUGGACCAACCCCUCCAACCUGGAGCCGUACGGCAGCGGCCAGCACGACUGGAGGACGAACGGCUCGUCUUGCAGCUCCCAGCUGGUCCAGUUCCAGGACUUCCUCCUGCGAGCCAACAAGUACAACUGCCUGCAGAUGGUGGGGGACGGAGAGGCCACAGAGAGGAAGCUCAUCCUGGUGGAGGAUUUCCCAAACCUGUUCUACAGACAGCCCGGCGGCCUGCACGACAUCCUGAGGCGCUUUGUGAAGACGGGCCGGUGUCCCCUGGUGUGCGUCGUGUCGGACAGUCUGAGCGGAGACAGCAGCUCGCGCUUCCUGUUUCCCCGAGAGAUCCAGGAGGAGCUGAACAUCAGCAACAUCAGUUUUAACCCCGUGGCUCCAACCACAAUGAUAAAGGUCCUGAGUCGAAUUUCAGCGGCAGAGGCAGGAAAGAGCUGCGGGCGGAUGUGCGUCACCGACCCGGCCGUGUUGGAGACGCUGUGUUCAGGAAGCUCUGGAGAUAUCCGCAGCGCCAUCAACAGCCUCCAGUUCUCCUCCCUCCCAGACACGUCGUUGGAAGCGGGGAUGUGGAGGCUAAAGAAGGACAGACAUGGGACUUCGCUGAGCAAAGCCGUUUCCAGAACGAACCAGAGGAGGAAGAAGUCCAAACUGACAAAGGAGCACAAGGAGGAGCAGCCCAUUGGAGGGAAAGAUGCUUCCCUGUUUCUGUUCAGGGCACUGGGGAAGAUCCUGCACUGCAAACGAGGGAAACCCGAGGAUGCCGAAGCAGCUGAAUGUGUCCCUGGAGCCGGUCUACCGGCUCACCUGGCUCAUCAUCACAGAGAAGCAUUGCUUGUGGAACCCGAGUCGGUGGUUGAGCGUUCGCACAUGUCGGGAGAGUUCUUCAACCUGUACCUCCAUCAGAACUACCUGGACUUCUUCUCCGAGGUGGAGGACGUGGAUCGCGCCAGCGAGUAUCUGUCCGACGCCGACCUCCUCACUUCUGAUUGGGCGAGUCGCAGCACCAUGGGGCAGUACGGCUCUUCGGUGGCCACCAGGGGCCUCCUCCACUCCAACUCCCAGCAGGUCUCUGUGGGCUUCAGGCCGCUGCACAAACCCAACUGGCUGCUGGUCAACAAGAAGCACCGUGAGAACUGCCUGGCGGCCCAGUCGCUGUUCAGGAGCUUCUGUCUGACGCCCGUCAGCCUGCAGACGGAGCUGCUGCCGUACCUCGCCAAACUCACCAACCCCAUGAGGAACCAAGCUCAGAUAGCCUUCAUCCAGGACGUGGGCCAGAUGUCGCUGAGGAGGUUCCCCGGCAGAUUAAAGCUGGAGGCUCUGACGGACAAAGAGCCGGCGCUGCUGGACAAGGACAGCGAGGACGAAGAGGACAGUAAGUGUGGGGUGGAGGAGGGUCUGUCGGCCAGUCAGCCCCAACCGACCACAACCCAGGUCCUCUUGGAGGAGGAGGAAGUGAUGAUAGAGGACUACAACAGUGACUGACGCCAUCAACUCGGCCAUAUCUCACUCUGUCCCACAUCGUCAACUUUAGUUCUGUGGUUUGGACUUCCGGCUCGGGACGGAGCGCCGCGUGAGAGAGAAUUUGAACCUGGAUUAAAUGUGAUCCCCGGCUCGAUACGGGCUCCUGAUCAUAUGGAGGCACGGGCAUCCAUGGAAAUAAUAAGAAAUACUCCAACCCAGAAACGAUCAUUUGUACAUCGAUACAAACUACCUGUUACGGCGGAAGAGAACUUGUUUUUUUCCUCAAAUGUCUCCACGCCAGUUAAACAAUCAAAACCUGAAGGAACUCCUUGACUAACUUCUCCCUCAAUAAGCCCUUAAUGUUUAACACUAGAAAACUGUUGUUUUAAUAUGAUUCGGCACUUGUUAAAUGCAGCCCCCCCCCAUCCAUUUGUUCCGAUUGAGCGAGAUGUUUCUUUCCAUUUUUUUUAAAAUUCUCAUUUCAUUGUGGACUUGGGAGACAAACAACGUUUUCUUGCAGAAUUCAAGGUGACACCGGGUGAGGGAUUGAGAUGCAAAGGAUCUUCGUGGAGCUCGAGUGUUGCUUCUGAAGCUCCGAUAGAAUGUUGUCAGUAUUUAUUUGUUGUGACUUGUUUUCUCUGUACCUCACAGAUUUAUGUUUUUGGCAGAGUGACUUAUGUUUGUCAUCCAGUGUGCCAGUUAUUUUUCUAUCUUCCAUGGAUGGACAAAGAUUCCCAACAUAUGCUCAUUGAGAUAUACGUUUUUUUUUUAAUCUGAAUAAGCAAGUGAAUAAAACCCAAUUUGUGAAAAGUG